AUGGAAAGGUAUGAUGCUGCAAACAAGGAGUCAUUCUUUCAUUCAACUUCUGGAAAUUUGGUUAAAGUCAUAUGUAUUUGCAGGAAAUCAGUUCAUGUAGUUGACGCAAAAUUGUCCAUUUUCAUGAAUUAUGAAUAUUACUUAAAAGAACAAACAAGUUAUAUACAGCAUGCACUCGAAAAUAGUGAAUAUGUUAUAAACGGUUUGGAAUAUCAGCAAGUCAAUUCGUUAGGUGGAGCUAUCGAGUUAAUCCCAGAAAAAGUUUCGAUCAUAAGUAUUGAAACGAUUAUAGAAGAUGCCACCGACAAAAUUUUAUCAAGGGAAUCAAUAAGACAGAUGUGCUAUGAUAUUUUUCUAUGGGAUAAAAAUAUCGCUAAAGGAACAACAGAAGAUGCCAGCUACAGUUGUCGCUCAAUAUUUACCGUGAGACGACUAAAGGAAUAUUUAGUGGAGCGAACAUUACAUGAAAUUGCCGAAACUUUAAGAUCAGAGAUUUUUAGGGGAAUUUUGAAACAUUUUGAACGCAGUUUUCCAACAAAUUUAGAGCAAAAUUUUUCUGAUCUAAAGAUAAAAAUUUCUGAUGAACUAUUUGAAAAAAUAACUUCUGAUGUCGUAUUUUCUGUUGUUGUUGCUUUUAAUUAUCCACUUCUUGGUAUAAUUGUCGCCGUUACUACCUUAGUUGGUACUUUUAUAAGGUCCAUUAAUGUCAACUCUACAUAUUGGCGAGCACAAAUUGCUGAUGGAAUUUAUGAAACUAUAGUAAAAAACAAAACCAAUAUUUUAAGCAACAUUGAAGGUCAAGUUAAAAAUAUGUGUUCAUCAGCCCUGCAGGAUUUAAAUGAAGUAUCAGUUACUGAUUUCAAGCGUCGGUUAGGACAGACUGGCCAAAAACAAAUGUAA